AUGGUUGUCAAACGUAAAGCACGAACAAAGUUACAAGAAGGUGAAAAGGCAAAAAAGUUUAAGGUAUGGUUAUAUUUCAAAAAUUUUUAUUAAUACUAUGUUUAGUUUUUGUCGUUCGCUGAUCAGAUAGCUAAAAUCUCGGUAGAUUAUGCUUCCUCAUCACUGGCUUUGACUCAUGAUCUUGAACAGAACAGUUUUUUCUUUGAAGCUGUUGUGAAGUGGAUAGACUUGGACUAUGGAGAUGACUUUAGUAAGUUUACCUUGUUUAUGAAAUGAAUUUGAUAUUUAGAAGACUUUCUGGCUGAUAUCAAUCAUGAAGAAUUGGCAACGUAUUCACAGAUACUGCAUUUUCAAGAGAAGAUUGCUGAAGCUAUACAAAAGCAUUUGCAGAUAAAGGAAAGUACAGCGUUGUGUGCGAUAUUAGAGUAAGUUAUGUCUUUUUGGGUAACAAUAUUUUUAGAAUUUUGAUUGGAUUUGCAAGAGAUUUGCGAGAGGAAUUUGGCAAGUAUUUUUGGAAGUUUUUUGACGUCAUGAUCUACUUAGUGGAAUGCAGGAUUCAAAAUAUUGAAGUUGUUCAAAGUUGCUUCCGGGCGCUUACUGUAUUUUUUAAACUACAAUGGAGAGAUUUGGUCAAAAAUUUGAGGAAGUCGUUUUUGCGAUUGUUUCCACUAUUUUCAUCUAGACAAGACUUUGUGAGGAGGUUCAUUGCUGAAGCAGCUUCAUUUCUGCUUCGGAAGUCGACCAGUAUACCUAAAGUGCUUAAGUAUUUGGUGGAGAAGGCGUACGAACAAGAAGAUGAGAAUAUUGCAGAUGGUUUAACGCAGCUUCUUUUUAACUGUAUAAAAGGAACGAAAGGAUUUUUUCAUUCUCAGACUGCAACUCUUCUCAAUUCGUUUUUGGAUACGAUUUACUCAUUGGAUGAGAACGUCAAACCUUUGGGAGUAGAAGUUAUGGAAGGUGUUAUGGUUGAAUGUGUUCACCACGCAGAUGUUAAAAACUUUAAAGUGAUAUCGGACAUUAUUUUAGUAAGUUAUGAUUCAUUUUUAUUUAUGUUUUCAGACAAGGUUUGCUAAUGACGCAGUAAAAGCACCGGAAAAUGUUGGUUAUGACUUGAAGUUCUUACGGGUUAGUGUUAUCGAAAGCGGAGGUUACAUUUUUACUGAAUACGAGAAAGCGUUGAAGGUGUUGACACAAGGAUUGAACGAUUCUACAAUAUUGGAAAUCUACUUUGAUGUUUCUGCUGACAUAAUUAGAACAUAUUACAACAAGUUUUCAUCGAAGGAUGUUAUCUUACGGUACUUUGAAAGGGCAGUGGAAGUGAUCAAACUAAAAGAAGUGCGAUGGCUUUUUGACUUUUACAAGAAACUGGUCGAUUUGAGUAUCUUUGACUUGUGGGCUAUGGAAAGUGUCGGCCAGUUGGGAAACGAUCUUCUGAAGACGAAUCCGGAAGCUUUUUCUUUGUUUUUGAACUUUUAUGCUGAUGUUAUACUACAACGUUUUCCUAUUGUAUUCGAUGGAUCAUGUAAGUAAUGAGACAUAAUUUUGUUUGGUGCUGUUUUAUAGAUGAUACUUAAAAAUUUAGUAUUGACUUGACGAUCGCAAAACAUAAUUUUGUUUUUCAGACAGUUUAAACAAAUUCUUCGAUUCUACUGGACAUCAAGCUUUCCGAAAGUUGUUGGUGAAGAAGAUGAUCAGCAGUUCAGAUGACGACGACUUUAUCUACUCGAAGUGUCUAAUUGUAGCACCGUAUUUUGUAAAAGGCGAGGAAACGAAUACUGUUGUUACAGUUUUGAAGAAGACAUUGGUGGAUAAAGUAAACAAGGCGAAGAGCGAUGAUUCUACUGCUUUGAAGGCGUAUCUGACGUUGUGUUGUCUACAUCUGAUGAAGAUUUCUGUAGAUUGUUUUUCUCUAAAAGAUGCCAUUCAGUUUUUGAAGUAAGUUUUUAAUUAUUUGGGUUCAAGACAUUUAUAAUUAUAUUUUAUGAUGUUACCUUUAGGACAGCUGAACAUACUGAACUCAAGUUAAGGAUUGGUGACUUAGUAUUUACAUUGGUUGGAUCGAACAACUGUAAUCCUAUCGACUUUGAGGUUGUUAUGGGUUUAUUGAAGGAUGAUGUGGGCAAUGAGAAUGGAAAUGUGCGACACCUGGCUUUGCGAAUUAUGAAUUUGUUAGCUCAAGAUGUCUUGGUAUGUUUUGAAUGUUUAAGAUAUUAUAAUUGGACUGACAUUUGUAAUGUAGGUGUUUUAGGUUAAAAAAGUUUUGCAAGCUAUGAUUGAUGUUGAACGGGAGCCGAUGACUUUUGAAAACUACCGUGAGAGGGCCAAUGUUCUUCGCAAAAUCAAGAUUUCUUUGGCUGAAGCACGAGAACUAAGUGAUUUUGAUACUUUUCACACGGUACGCUUUUGUAAACUAACUUUUAAUGCAUGCUUCAAGGUAUUAUAUAAUCCGUCUUACAAUUUUAUUUUUUAGAUGGCUUUUCGUUUUACCGUGGUUCAAUUCUACGAAGCCCUGACUUUGUAUUGGCCGUUGGUUGGCGAUGUCGCCAGGAAUCUGGGCGAAUCUUUAUCUUUGGAUUCUUUGUGGUUGGUGUUCAAUGAAUUUAUUGAGAAGUCAAGCCAACAAAUUAGAAACUUUGAAGAGUCUACUAAAGAGGAUUACGGUGUCUUACAUGCAUUGGCUCAAAAUGUCUUGAAAUCGACUGAAAACCGGCUUGAUCAUUGGAGUUUUCGAUUGGAAGUUCUAAAAUUAUUGGCCAGUUUCUUGGAUUUGGCUGAACGAAAGAACAGAAGUUUAGUUCCUUUACUUCUUGACAUCUACAACAACGAGUUUCAAUCAGUAACCGUGACGACAAAACUUCAUGACAAUUUAACAGAGAAUAAUGGUGUAAAUGAAGUUCCUAAUAAAGAAGACGACGAAGAAGAACCGAAUGAAGGUGAAAUGGUGUUGGCUAAGAAACUGAACAGGAAGUUGGUAACACUUACGAUAAGACAGAUUCUACAGAUAUUUGCCAAGUUUUCUAAUCUGAAGCAGGUUUACAAAAGCGCAGAAUUGUUUGAGCUGAUUAAUGAUGUGAGUUCAUUGUUUUGAAGUUAUUUUAGCUUAACAAUUAGUUGUUUUAUGGUUAAUACCAUAUUUUCAGCUUCUACGGUCGGAUUCGUCAGAUAUUCAGAAAUACGCAGUGGAAUGUCUUUUCAACUACAAAGUCAAGGAACUUGACCCUUACAAGGAAAACUUUGACAAUUUGGUAGCAGACAAACAGUUCUCUGAUGAACUUGUUCACUUUUCUGUUGACGAAGAUUCUACGGUAGUUGCUACGGAGCACAGAAGCCAUGUUUUGCCUGUUCUGAUGCGACUUCUGGAUGGAAAGAUGCACGCUAAGUCUGGAAGACGGGGUGUCACGAAAAGACCUGCCAUCUUCAGAUUUGUAGCUGGAUGUCGUGCUGAAGAGUUGGAUUUGUUUCUGAAGACGGUUUUCUGGACUAUCAACGAAUUGGUUGGUAAGUAGAGAAAACAUUUAUAUUUUUGCCAAAAAGAUGUCUUAUUUGGUAAGUUUAUUAGAAAUUUGUUUAUUUUAGACGAACAAAACUUAAAUAAUGCCUGCACAAAGCUGAUACAGACCUAUGACCCGCACAACACAAUCGCUUUACAGCGAAUUUCAAGGUGA